AUGAGCCGCAGCCUCGGGAUCCCGGUGAAGCUGCUGCACGAGGCGGCGGGCCACGUCGUCACGGUCGAGCUCAAGACCGGCGAGGUCUACCGCGGCUCCAUGGUCGAGUGCGAGGACAACUGGAACUGCCAGCUCGAAAACAUCACCUUCACGGCAAAGGACGGCAAGGUGUCGCAGCUGGAGCACGUCUUCAUCAGAGGGAGCAGGGUCAGGUUCAUGAUCAUACCCGACAUGCUCAAGAACGCCCCGAUGUUCAAGCGCCUCGAGGCCAGGAUUAGGGGUAAAGGCUCAGCUGUUGGUGUCGGCCGAGGCCGCGCGGUUGCCAUGCGUGCUAGGGCUGCUGCUGGUCGUGGCGGUGGUCCUGUUGGACGAGGUGGUGCACCCCCUGUGAGGAGGAGCGGCAUAAUUAGCUUUGCUAGUGAAGACCUUUGGGGGUACCCAGAUCAAGCUCAGUUACAAAUGUGCCUCUCCUUGCCUAUACCCGUCUCGUCUGCUAAAGCUUUGUUAUUUGGCCUGGGAACAUUUGCUUCCCAAGCUCACUGCAAGACCAAUUUCCGUUUACCUCAUCCUAGUCCACACGCAGCAAAAGCAACCACAGCGCGCAAGGAACUUAUCCAAGGAUUACUGUGGCAGAAUGAAUGCUACAUAGAAUGUUUCCACUCAGAUGUUAAAAUCUGA